AUGAAGUACUCUGCUGUUCUCCUCUUCGCCGUCGGCGCUUUCGCCACUCCCCAGGACCCGACCGUCACCAACGCUCCUGCAAGCCCCAGCCCGCCCUCCGGUCUCACUGGCCCCGUUAGCUGCGCCCUUGCAUGCGACGCUGGUGAUGUCAACUGCCAGGCUGCCUGCUUGGGCAAUGCCCGUCCCAACGCCAGCCAGGCCAUCGCGACCAACGAGUGUGCGGCCAGAUGCGACCAGGGCGAUGGCACGCCUGCUGCCACCGAUGCUUACGCAAAGUGUGUCAGUGACUGCAUCAGCAACCUCUUCCCCAGCAGCCAGACGGGCGUCCUCCCCAAUGUCGGCCCUGCUCCCGUGGCACCUACUUCGACUGCGAGCGCCGCUGGUUCGCCUGGCAGCGGCCCUGUCGCCACCGCCUCUGAGAAGCCUACCGGCGCCUCUGGUUCCUCUCCCUCUCCCUCCGGUGCUGGUGCCUCUGGCUCCGCUGCCACCGCCACCCCUGAGGCCACUGGUGCGGCAGACAAGAACUCUGCUCGCAUCGCUGGUGCCGGUCUUGCCGGUCUCCUUGCUCUCUUCGCUUUGUAA